AGGCGGACAGGCGGUUCGCGGAAGCUCGUAAGCAGGAGCUGGAGGUCAAGAUGGAGGCGAGGGCGGCGCGGACCCACCUGGAGCAACUACACCAGAAGAUAGUGCAGCGCCAGAAGGACAUUGCCGACGUGACCCUGCAGCUCGCAGACAUGCGCAGCACCCACCGGGAGUGCCUCAGGGAAUAUGAGUUUGACGGUUUGGUGGAGCACCCUGAUCAGUACCAGUGGAAAGACAAGACUUUGCGGCUUUCGGCCAAGGCGAUGCACUCCAGGAAGAGGGUGGAGCAUUUCAUCAAGAAGCUCGCGACGGCGCCCUGCAUGAAGACGCUGUCCUUGUUCCUCCAGGAGUACAUCGGCGGAGUGCCCCCGUCGCUCAAGUUGGCCCAGGACGCUCUGUCCAAGGCACCGGUCCACAUCCAGGAGCUGUGCGUGACGUUUGGGUCGAGCAGCAAGGAGGCCGUGCUGGCCCUAGUGGAGAAGACCCGCGACCACCUGGAGCGCCUCGCCUUGACCCUCAUGUACGACGCCAGGUUCACCGACGACGAGCUGCGGCGCUUGUGGGGCCUGGUGGGCGGCUCUAACAUCAAAGUGCUGGCGCUGUCUUCCCCGGAGCUUGUGCGCAAAGUGCAGUUCCCAUUCCGGACGAGCCGACUUCAGCUGGAGCGGCUGGAGCUGGGCGACCUCGGCGACUGCAAGCAUCCCACUGUGCUGGGGCCGCUGAUCAGGGCGGCCAGCGCUACACUGCGAGUGGUGCAGCUGCCGUCUACACUGGUAGAGGGCGAUCGGAUGGACGUCUUCGAGGCCCUGGGCGAGUGCUCCAACCUGGAGGAGGCGUCCGUGCCCUGCUACCGGUACAUCCUCGCCCUGCAGUCCUGCGCCAAGCUGGGGAGACUGGGCCUACAGUGUGUCGACAAGCAGUGGUCGCUGCGCCCCAACGCGGACACCAAUGCGGUCGUCGAACUGCUGGGCCUCAAGUUCGUGAAGAUGCGCCUCCGCGGGCUGACGCUGUCGUCCUUCUGCCCGGACAGAGACAGGGCCGUGAUCGGUGCGGUGUCUGCGUUGAAGAACCUCCGCAGCCUCACCCUGAACACCAACAUGCAGAAGGAUGCUCUUGUCAUCCUGCUGCGUUACCUGCCCUGCCUGGAAGAGCUGCACCUGCUUCGCCGGUUCAGCCUGACGUCCGAAAUCGUGCGCCAAAUCACUCCUAGGCUCUUGCCAAAGCUCCGACUCCUGGAGCUGGACUGCGAUGACAACGAGUCGGAGUGCAAUUGCUCUGAAGACGACGAGGACUUUGGUUUCGGCGGCUGCGGGUUGCCCCAUGCAGGCUGGCGACCCGGCGUCGAUUUCACAGUGAAGCGGGCUUUCGAAGAAGUCAACCCCGACCUGACCUUGAUAGUUGCACCCAGCACCACUGCAGAAAAGAAGAGCUGCUCUUCGGAGGGCUCAGAUGUUGAGUCGGAUGAUGGUUUGGAGAAAGAGGCGCUCAAACAGUUUGAACUUUGGCAGGAUGAAGAAGAAGAAAGUUCAGAGGCUGAAUCAAAUGAAGGCUCAGAGACUGAAGAAUUACCCAGCAUGAACUAGCGUUACCGAGCUGAGUCGUCCAUCCAGCUCAAAGUACGAAGGACUCUCCCUUACCCCAGUGUCGCAUUUAAAUUAACUCUUCACCGUUUGCCCACAAGUACUGUUUUGUAUACCUUUGACUCUCUGAGUAAAAUGUGUUUUUGCAUGGAUCUCUCUGCGCUUUUUUAAUUAAACUAGUGGCAAAUUCUUUGUGUAAAAUGUUUCUAUUUUAAGUAAUAAAGUGCAUGUACAAGUUAA